AUGGACACACACACACACACACACACACACACACACACAUACUGGUCUAUAUGAUUUAGAGGAACAUUUUUCUCAAACCUCACCUACACACUGUACACACUGAUCCUGGUCUGCUUCUUGGAAGUCAUGUGAUUCAUCAAUGUAAAAAAAGAGGAGCUUAUAAGCUCAACACCGUCACUUUAUAUCCUCCUUUGUUCCAGCACUGCAGCAGUAAAGAUGUCAAGAAAAAUGUACCAAUCUUGGGAUAUUAUCCCAGAAAAAUUGCAAAGUUGGUUUGAUCGUGACUUGUCAGAGGCGGCUGAACGCCUGGUCGAGGACUACAGGAAGAUAGACACACACAGACAGUCAAAUCUUCCUGAUUUUUUCAAUCUUUUGGAGAAGUUCAUCAUCAGCAACAAAAUCAAGGCUCCUGAAAAUGCGCAAUCCAAAGAUGCAGGCAUGAUGUUCAAACAAAAGAAAGAAAGUGAAGACACAGAUCCACGGGUGUCAGGGACAUUGGACCCAGAGAAGAAUUUGUUACUUCAUGAGUCAUUGGAGGGAAAGAAGAAAAACGACUGCCAUACCAGAAUAGCUGAGCAAGUGAGGGUGUUUUCAGAUGUUACUGGUCAAACCUUCGGUGCUCACAUAACCAUACUGGAAAAGGUGGUGAACUGCAGAGAAAUAACUGUGAAGGAGGCCAAUCACUGGGCCGAAUGUGACGUCAUUAUCGUCUUUUGUCCAAUCAUUACUCGUCCUGGCUCAGAUGUGCAGGAGGCCAUGAGCAGAAUUCAAGGUAACAAAUCUGUCAUCCUGGUCCUCAUGCAUCACACUCGAAACCCAGAUCAUGUAACUAAGGGGACAAGAUGGUCUGAAAACUAUCAACAGGUUGUGCUGGUUGUUCAUGUUCUCUUCCAUGAGACCAAACAAGGAUUACUGGAGUGUGAGAAAAAUGAAAAUGCAGUCCAGCACAUACAAGAAAUGUUAAUGAAAUACACAAGACCCCAGGAGAGUGGACAUGUGGAUGAGCACAAAACUGAAGGCAGCUUGAGGCCCAAGUGCUGCUCCAUCCUGUAGAGGACCCCUCUCACUCACUAAAGAGACUGAAAUCAGAAACAUGAAGUGAAUGAAGCUCUGUGGACUGAUCAGGGUUGUAGGUGCAGGUAGAUAAACUGCUACCUCACCUGUAAAUCUGUAGAACACUGUAUGUACACUUUCACCAAAUCAUCUGUCCAACAGAUUCUGUAUUAUACACUGAAGAAAUGAAAAUGGAAUUAAAAUAAAGGCUAUAGUCCAUAAAAUCUUUUAACCUUAAACUAAACUUAUCCCAGUUUUAACAUCUUGCCUUCUCUGUACAGUGAUUACCUGCUCUCUGGGAUAAAAUGAAACAUAGCUACAAUAAAUGUUCUGCUUCAUGACAUCAACUUUACAUUCCUAAAUCUCUGAUCCUAUUAAAUGCUCAUGUUUCAGUUUCAUAA